GAGCGAUCACUUGAAGAGUGGUUAGUAUAAUGGGGGCAAGUAAUUUUGUAGGAUACCAUCAGGGCAGUAAGCGAGGCCCCAGGGGACUGACCUGGUUCUUCUGGUUCGUUUUGAUAGUUUUUGGAUUUUUUCUAACGGGAUUCUUUUCAGAUUCCUGGUUGGAAUCGUCUAUUUCAUCUGAAUACGACCACAGGACACAGGGGCUGUGGCGUUUCUGUUAUUAUUCUCUAGGAGAGUCCUGUUGUGGAUAUAUCAACGAAGUAAUGUACAUAGAACCAUUCCUCCAAGCUACUAGGGCCUUCUUUGCAAUUAGCCUGCUCCCGCAGUUUAUAUGCCUGAUAGCGGUCUGUAAAGGAAUAACUACCAGGUGGUAUUCUGAGUACAAAAAUAUGGGAGGAUAUGCUGCCGGAAUAGCAG